AUGCUCGACGCCGAGAGACAUGGUCGGGAUCAUGAUCUUUCAAAGGUCGCUGUGACUACCUCUCAAGAUGCAAAAGGUUUUGCGGACGAGAAGUUCAAACAGAUAACACUGGAAGAGAAGAUUUUUCUUUUGACUGGAGAAGACCUCUGGCGCACGAAUCCCAUCCCUAGGCUGGGCAUCUCCAGAAUCAAGACUUCCGAUGGACCAACUGGCGUGCGCGGGGGAAUCUUCGUCGAUGGAGUGACUGCAGCUUCAUUACCAUCCGGCGUGUCACUUGCUGCUACCUGGGACAAGCAAGUAAUCGAGGACGUAUCGCAAGUCUUGAUAGCAGAAGCCAAGAGCAAGGGAGUUGAUGUUCUGCUAGGACAGACUGUUUGCAUCCCAAGGACCCCUCUGGGCGGGCGCAACUUUGAAGCUUGCAGCGAGGACCCUUUCUUGACGGGCAAGCUUGCCGCUCAGUACAUCAACACGAUCCAAGCUGCUGGCAUUGGGGCCUGUGUGAAGCACUACGCCGCCAACGACCAGGAGAAUCGCCGCUUCUUCAUCGACGAGAAGAUUCCCGAGCGCGCCCUGCGCGAGAUUCACCUCCAGCCUUUCCAAAUCGCGGCCCGCGACAGCAACCCGUGGUCGAUCAUGACGGCUUACAACAAGGUAAACGGAGACUUCUGCUCUGCGAACCACUACCUCAUCAGAGAUAUCCUCCGUGGCGAGUGGGGUUGGGACGGACUCGUUAUGAGUGACUGGUUUGGGACCAAUAGCGUUGUUCCCUCUCUUACAGCUGGGUACGUCAUCUGGGAAAUCUCAAGGAUGUUCACGAAGCUUACGGAUCAUUGCAGUCUGAAUCUUGAAAUGCCGGGGCCUGUGAGGAGGCGGGGCAGGCACCUUCUUGAAGCUCACCGGCAAGGCCUAGUCGACAGCUCCUUCAUCGAUGCUUCCGCAACUAGGGUUCUCGAGCUUGUCCAUAAGACUGGGAAGAGCAAAAUUCCCGACUGGAAAGAAGGACCUGAGCAGGCCAUCGAUCUCCCCGAGCAUCGGGCAAUCUUGCGCCGCGCCGGCGCCGAAGGCAUUGUCCUGUUGAAGAACGAGGGUGAUAUUCUUCCGUUGAAGGAUCUUGAUGGAAAGACCAUAGCUUUCAUCGGCCCCAACGCAAAAAGGUCCGUUGCGACUGGAGGGGGGAGCUCGAAUCUCUCACCUCACCACCGUACUACACCAUUCGGCUCUUUCAACAAGGAGGUCUCUAGCAUUUAUCCGACUGCGCAAGUCGUGACAAAGCCAGGCAUACUCACGCACCGUUAUCUCCCUCUUCUCGAGCCGUCGGUGAUGAGAAACCCGGAAACCGGCUCGCCUGGAUUCGUACUGUCGCUUUGGAGAAACAUAAAGCACGAGGGCAAGCCUUUCAUGACUGAGCACCGACCGAGUUCGAACCUGGUUUGUUACGACGGGCUACCACCAGAGUUAACGACUGGGGAAAGGUACUCCUACCGCGCCGAGACGAUUCUGACGCCGAAAACCACUGGAGUACAUCAGUUUUCGCUUUCCAGCUGCGGGCCCGGGAAGCUCAUACUCGACGGAAAGGUUAUUGUCGACAAUGAACGCCGGUGGUGGUCGCCCAAGUCGUCUCUUUUCAUGAGCUACGGCUCACCUGAAGAACGCGUUGAAGUGGAGCUGAAGGCCGGACAUUCAUACGAGCUUGUCCUUGAGUCCAUCAGUCGCGAGCCUAAGCCGUACGACAUGACGUACACGGGCAUGCUUGAACGUGAGGAGGUCCAAGACGGUGGUCGAGUUGGAUUCCUGGAGAACCCUGGCGAUCUCGGUGCCAUGCUACAAGAUACCGUUGACCUCGCCAGCCGCAGCGACAUAGCAGUCGUAGUUGUUGGGAAAGAUCACGAAUGGGAGACGGAAACAAGCGACAUGGUAUCAAUGGAUCUACCAGGGCAAUCCAACGAGUUGGUGCGGGCUGUAGUGAGAGCGAAUCCCAGGACCAUCGUCAUCAAUCAGACAGGUAGCCCAAUCACAAUGCCCUGGGCCAAUGAGAUGCCAGCCAUUGUUCAGGCCUGGUACCAAGGACAGGAGCAGGGCAACUGUAUUGCCGACAUUCUUCUGGGGACCACCAAUACUUGUGGGAAGUUACCGAUUACAUUCCCCCGCCGCAUUGAGGACACACCCUCGUUUGACAACUACCCCGGAGAGAAUGAUGUGGUUCACUUUGGUGAGAACAUCUACCUUGGUUACCGAUUCUAUGACCAUCGCAAGAUUGAGCCGUUAUUCCCCUUCGGAUAUGGUCUCUCGUACACGAAAUUUGCAUACUCUAACAUCAGGCUGAGCAGCGAUUCUCUCGCUGUGGACGGAACGAUUGAGGUCCAGGUUGACGUGACCAACACCGGGGAUGUUAACGGCAAGGAAGUAGUGCAGUUUUACGUGAGCCCGGUGUCCAAGCCGAGACUCGGCCGACCUCUGAGGGAGCUGAAGGGGUGGGACAAGGUGUUUGUGCGUCCUGGGGAGACUGCCACUGCUCGGGCUACACUGGAUCGGGUGAGUAUCUCCUACUGGGACGACAGCGUUCAGAAAUGGGUAAUUGAAGAAAGUGCCGUGUUUAUGGUUUCUGCGGCGAAGGACUCAAAGGAUAAAGGGCUGGUGGCAGAGUUUCGCUCGAAGGCCGCAACCCAGUGGGUUCAUUAA